AUGGCAUAUCCUUACUAUUCUCCUCCACCACCAUCACCUCCUCUUUCAUGCAACGAUGUUAUGGCACCACCUCCCCCAAAACACCAUCACCACCAUCACCACAAGCCAUCGCCCCCACAUCACCGUCAUGGCCACCAUAACCCUCCGACACCACCUUAUCCAGUGCCUCCACCAACCCCGGCAAUGGCACCAGUUUCACCUCCAGAAUCAACUCCAAAUGCACCAGCACCAUCAUAUAACUAUGCACCACCAAAACCAACUCCAGGUACCCCUUCCAGUCCAGCUCCAGUGCCCUCGCCAAAUCCUGCAAGCCCAACGCCUCCAAGUAAGGCAUCACCCCCGAAACCCUCAUAUCCACCAAGCCCUGGUAAAUGUCAAACUCCACCACCAAAAUCACCUCCUGCUUCCUACAAGGGAUCACCACCUUACUCUGCACCACCAGCAAAACCACCAAAAUCUUCAUCACCUCCAUACCUAACACCCGGUAGCUUAUCUCCUGCACCAGCACCAACUCUUUAUGGGGCAAACCCACCUUUCAGUUCUCUGCCACCAUCAUCAUAUGUAACAGCACCACCACCACCGGGAGGCAACCACACAGCUAUUAUCGCCGUGUGUGUUUCGCUUGGUGGUGCCUUCUUCCUUGCAUUCCUUUUGGUUGGUCUCAUUUGUCUAGCGAAAAAGAAAAAGAAACCCGUAAUGGUUCCUGCAGCAGCACCUUGCUGUGAUGAAGAACGUGAACAAGCCUGCGAGACAACCCCAACAAACCCAUAUGCCGAACAAUCUGUGGCAGUACCAGUUGAUCAUAUAUACCAGCAAGCCAUAGGCUCCGCCACUGUCGGGGCCUCGGGUAGCCCACCACAUUAUGAACCAGGAAUCGGUGGCGGUUCUUCUCAUCAUCGAGACAACUAA